AUGUUACUCAGGGAGGAGAUGGAAUCUGUCCCAUCCAGUAGGGGUCAGCGUCGUGGCCUGGGAGGGUACAGGUGCUAUGCACCUCUCAAAGGUGGCCUAUAUGCCGCUGUUGUCUGUAAACCGUUAAGUAUCCUCUCAGUUUGUCUGUUCUCAAUGUAACCCCUUAACCAUAAUCAUUUGGUUCUGAUUUAUAGAAUGCGUUGUGGUUUUUUAGAUUGUGCAUGAGCGUAAUGUGCAAAAAUACCCUAUAGGCUAAUCUACAGAACUAAGAUGUGCUGCAUAUUGAGACAACAACUGAGAUCCGUCAACUAACCUAGAUUUGACCUGUUUGACCACAAUGAAUGGAUUAAGGUAUAUUAAAGCCAAAAUGCUGAUCCCUCUGUAUGGUGUGGUGUGUCUCUGUUUGUGCAUUGUGUAUAAGAGUGUGUGUGUAUGUGUGUGUGUGUGUGUGUGUGUGUGUGUUUGACUGACUGUUAGUUCUCAGGUAAUGAAAGCACAAUAAAUCCCAAAUAAACUGACUCAUUUUCUUACUAGUGUGAAACAGUUUAGCCGACUCAAAGGAGACGAGACAGGAAAUUGGACCGGUCCUGUAAAUGUCUUGGAUGAUGGAUCUCUGAAGCCUGCCAGGAAUGUGAAGAAAAGGUACAUUUCCAACGUGAUUGACUGACUGUACAACACCCCUGUGAGACAGAAAGAGAUAGAGAGAGAACAUGAGAUUUCCUGCUGAUAACCCAGCCCCCUGCAUGUGUGGCCUGGGCCUUAGAAGCCUCCACUCGCAAUGCAUAACCAGUAUAACCAACAAACUGCUGUACUAACUAACUAGUAAAGAGACGAAGUCAGCAACACACACAUAACUAUUUUGCUUCUGCUUGUUUUGCAUUUCUGAGGAAUCCUAGUUGAGAUGUUUGCAGGGGUGAUGAUGACACAGGACCCACUCACACUGACAUUUAACUCUGACUUACCUGCCUGCAUGUUGACAGAUGUUUCCGUCAGAAUUUUCAGCCCGAUUCACAGAGCUCCGUAAUAGUCACACCCUGCCUAGCCGAUAUUAAGAAGAAAAAAAAACGCUCUCAA